ACUCAUGAGCAGCUCCUAAACUACCUGCUCUCCAGCGAAGCAGAAGAACUAUGCCGCCCAGACGACGAGAGCCAGGAUCUGAAGUCCCGCCCUAAGAGCUUCCGCACCUACUCUACCGCCGUCAUGAAUCCCUUCGAAGAACUCCUCUGUGCCGUGAUUCUGUCCCGCCCGAUUUCUCACAUGCUUGGCCUGCGCUCCAUCCGCACUUUGUUGAACGAUCCGUAUAACUUCACGUCGGCGAAGGCGGUCAAAGAUGCCGGUGAGGAGAAGAGGCUGCAAGCGCUGUAUGAUGCCAAGACGCAGCAUAAUCGCAAGACGGCGGAGCAGAUCGGAGGUCUGGCGGAGGUGGUAUUGGAGCAGUUUACGAGUAGUGGGGAUGCGAAGGGAGAGAAAUUGGGGAAGUUGAUGGAUGGCAAGGACGUAGACGAAGCGCUGAAGGGGUUGAAGGAUGGUAUCAAGGGCCUCGGCGGGACAGGCCUGGACAUCUUCUUGAGGAGGGUGCAGUGGUUGUGGACGGAGGGGUUUCCAUUUGUGGAUGGACGGACCGGGUUGGCCUUGAAAAGUUUCGGAUUACCGCAGGAGGCGGAGGAGCUGGAGAAGGUGAUUGAGGAGAAUUGGAAGGGAUUGAAUACAAAGGGACUGGCGGGGAAAGAUGAGAACGAGAAGAAGAGGAGGGCGUUUGUGGUUGUGUUGGAGAGGGUGACCGGGGCGAAUCUGGAGGGCAAGAUUGAUGAGGCCGUUCAGGCGGCGGCGGCUCUGUAG